CACAUUUUUUCCAUUACUGUUUGUCUUUUAUAGGCAUGGACUGCUUUUUAUGCCCUGUUGGGUGGCUGGAACAUUUGAAUAAAUGCUAUUUUAUUUCUAAGGAAAAUAAAACCUGGAAUGAAAGCAAAAAUUUCUGCCACUUGUUUGACGCCCACCUUGUUAAAAUUGAGAACAAUAAUGAACUGGAGUUUCUUCAAAAAAACAUGAUACCUAAAGAAUACACUUACUGGAUUGGGCUGUGGCAACCAAAUUCUUUUGACGGGUGGAGAUGGCUGGAUGGCACACCAUUAGACACUAAAAGAUCUCCAUUUAAAAUUGUUCUCGGCUUCAGCAACAAACAUGCCUGCAUAUCACAGAAACAAAUUACUACAGGAAUGCCAAAAAAUCCACGAAUGUGGAUCUGCGAGAGAGAUGUUGUGCAUUUGUAGCUACUUCUCAACCGAAAAUGCAAAAGUAAUUAAGGAUUAAGGCUGGAUUAUUAAUAAACAGGUUGUGUGUUUCUAAUAUAAUAGCCACAGAUUAUUUCAGUUUAACAAUUUAACUAAUUUGAUUUGUAAUUCUUCAUUGUAUAAGGCUAUUUUCGCAGUUGACUAAAUCUUGUGUGAAAAAGUUAACUCCAAAUAUUCUUUUAUGAAGACUAGUUUUCAGAGAAAAUAAACAUCCUUUUGCUUUUUAACAUAUAUUCUUUAAAUUUCAUAUUCAUCCAUGGAGCAUGUACAUCAUUUUCAUUUUGUCUAGAGCUACGCACUUAGUUACAUUUUUAAUAAAGUAGAUUUUUUUAUUAAAAUUACUGAAGUUGCAGUAUUAGGAAAAUGGCAAAACAUAAUGUGGGCAGGAAU